CAAACUUAUACAUUAAUGGUAGACGGAACAAAAUCAAACAUGGUUACUCGAGGUAUACCUUCUACUCUUCAAAAUUUUGGUUAUCCUUCUUUUGAUUUGGGGAUUUCUCAACAACAACAUGAUGUUGUUGCAGGUUCGGCUGAGAGAAUCAUUGCUGAAAGAAGGACGAAAAAUAAUCAUGAUCCUUCCCACAUGCAAAGGCUUAAAAAACCGGUAGUCACAAAAUCAACAAAGAAAAUAGUUACCGGAAAAGAGAUGAAGAGGAAAAAAGUCGUACAACAUGAAGCAGGAGAACAGGAAGAGUUUGACCCAGCGAUGAAGCAGGAUGAUAAAUUCUUUGUCCAAUAUCCUCCCAGUCAUGCAAUACGAUAUGCUUCUUACAUGAACCCGAAAGUUAAAAAAGAAUUGAAGGACAAGCUUAUCGAUAGACAGUUUGAACUCUUUUCCAAGACUAUAUUUGGGAAAUACCUCGACAUGCAGCAUCGUGAAGUUCAACCACAGAUGUUCAGGUGUUUUAUCGUUAGAGAGCUGAAAAAAUGUACACCCACUUCCUUUGUUAUUGAUGUUAAUGGUUUCGAAUUGACGUUCAAGCUUUUCGAUUUUGCAUUAAUGACUGGGUUGAAGUGUUUUGGUGAAGAAAUUGUUGUUAACUCUAAGAAAAACAGACUGUUGGAUACAUAUUUUGGGGGUUCCAACAAAAGUGUGAAAAAGGGUGAAUGCUUUGAGGAUCAGAAUUGGGGCGUUGACGAUGAUGCAGACGGAGAUGCUGUAAAGAUUGCAUUACUGUAUUUUAUCCAUACAUACAUCUUAUCCGGUGAGAAAAACAAUGUCGUCAUUCCAAGGCUUCAUUUUGACUUGGUAGAGAGUGGGCGGUACGUAGACUAUACAUGGGGAAAGGAAGCGUUUGAUGAUUUGGUCAGAAGUCUUCACCAUAAGAUGGAUAAGACAAAACAGUAUUAUUGUCUUUGUGGUUUUCCGUUUGCUAUGCAAGCAUGGCUAUACGAGUGCUGCUCCAACGUUUACCCAAAUUUGGCAGUAAAAAAUGGAGAUCGUAUUCCCAGAAUGUUCAACUGGAAAACCAUAGACGGGACUCCACACUUUAAAGAUCUCAUGACUGGCAUGUUCAAUGAUGACGAGUCAGAGGACCGUCCUACUUAUAGGAAUAUUGUGCCGACCAUCAGUGAGAUUGAGGAACUUGGAUUGCGUCCAUAUCUCUCCGGUAAAUCUGCAUCGACAAUUCAACAACAGGUGGCGGAUGACUAUGAUGAUUUUAGUUCGACACCACCCCAUGUGUCUGCGGCCAAGCAGCCUCAAAAUAAAGGUGUAUCACAAUCUCCACCUCACAAGAAGCCUAGACAGAUGCCAAUGGUACCAUCGCCAUCGAAGAAGACCACAUCUCCAAUUACACGUUUUGGUAGUCAUUCGAGUGGUGGACGAUUGACCAAACGUCAUGAGUUGGCAUCAACUGGGCAUGCUUCAGCAAUGGAAAAGGAAUCAGCUCCAAUACCCAACCCCCCGUCUGUUGUUCCUAUUGACGUCCCAUCCACCAGCAAAUCCAAGGAUAUCUCUAUUCUGAGGGAGGAACUCAAUGAGUAUAAGAAUAAAGAUCUUCACAAAGCCAUCAACGAAAACUUUGCCAAGGUUUUUGAAUAUAUUAAAGUGAAUCAAACUAAAUAAAAGGUAUUAAAGAUC